CUGACAUCUUGACCCGUCGUUGCACCGCUGUGCUGCACUCCCGUCUACACUCACUGUCUGAGUAUUGGCGAACUGUGAGCCUUGGACGUGCUGCCUGUGCUGACAUCGCCACUACUAUUCGCUACUCUGCAUCGUUCAUGCUUCGUUCGCGGUCGUGGAUUGGCAGCUUGACUCACCACGUGUAGAGAGGCCAGCAAACAGGAGCCCACACCGCUAUAAAGCCGCACGCAGCGCCCCCAUACGUAAAGCUCCUGAAGCGCCAGGAGCAUACAGUCCACAGCAUAUCCCACGAUACCUACGCAUUCAACCACAUCCGAUCCAAUCCACGAGACUGUUCCCCAGCAACGUGGCAGACAUGGACUCGAACUCAAGUGCGCGAGACAGUCCCGGCGCAGUCAUGGGAACUGGAGAUUUCCAGGAUGCCGUCAGGGUGACACUAGACCAGGCACAGUCAGUGACGGCGCUGGAAGUGGAGACGGACACGGCAGUUGCGGAGAGAGACCCUCCGCAAACGCAGCUGCCCAAACAGAAGACGAAAAAGCAGGCACUAUGCAACAAGCACGGUAAGCGGAAGGACAAGUGCUGCUCGGCCAACAAAGGAAAGAAGCGUUCCAAGGAAGAAAGCACGACGGAGGAGAGCAACGGGGACAGUUCCGACAGUGAUUCUAGCGAUAGUAGCGACAGCGAGAGUGACGAAGACGAGCAGGAACGACGGCGGCGGAAGAAGAAAGCAUUGAAGAGAAAGGAGCGGAAGAAGGAGAAGGCGAAAGCCAGGGCCAAGGCCAAGAAGCGCAAGAGUAGAAAGUAUGACUCCUCGAGCGACGACUCGGAGAGCACGGCCAGCGAUACCAGUGACACCAGUGAAAGCGAAAGCGAACAUGAAAGGAGACGACGCAAGAGAAAGAGUAGGAAAGCAAGCAAGGCGGAAGAGUCGUCCUCUGAGGAGGACAGUGCCGAGGCGACGCCGGAUGCAACCGCCCCGGUCGACGAUGAUAUCGAUACGCAAAUGAGCAACCUCAGAACCCAGUUGGCUCAAUUGCAGAUGACAAAGCUGACGCAAGCCACGACUCCGCAGACAACCAAAAAGAAGUCGAAAACACAAAAGAAAAGGGAGAAGAAGCCGUCGAAGCGGGUAUCCACGCUCGAAUAUAAGCGAGUCGACCAGGUGUGGGAUCGCAACAUCUACAAUUAUAAGUUUACCGAGAGCGCGGAAAAGGAGGUCAAUGAGUUUGAUGAAUUUGUUUUCGUCGUACGCAGAAAGUUCGAUUGGGAAAACAAGUAUUCCUAUACCAAAGUCGAUGUCAAAUCCAAGCCACUUCGAGAUGCGCUGCAACAAGUCAUGAAGGAUGUCAAGGGUGUCUCGCUGGUCGAGGAAUCACCUAGCAUUGAUCCCAACAUGCUCUUCCUCUACCUUGAAGAACUGAAAACCUACUAUCGGAAGACUCUCAAGGCGCAAUUAAAGAAAGAGAAGAAGAAGAAAAUCAAAAAGAGGCUGAGCCAGCAAAUUUCUCACUGCAAAAUUCUUGCUGCCUAUCUUGACGAGGACUACGAGGACACGAAGAAGUCAUUGUACCCAAUGCUGAAGGCAGGUAACAUCACGUUCGACCUGCUUUGGGCCUUGUUCAAACCCAACACGAUAGCCUUCACCCCCACCUACGGCUCGACCGAGGAUCCCCGUUGCUUCAAGGUCGACUACGCGAACAAGGAAAGACACCCACUCCGUGGAGAAUGGUACAGCAUCGAAGGUCGGUAUCUCGAAUAUGAUGGCAAAGUCUUCGGUCUGGGUGACCUAGAAGUUCAUGUGGAAGCUUUUAAAGGGCCUCGAAAGAUCACCAGCCUCGCGACGUAUCCCCUACAGUACCACAAGGAUCCAGAAGGUGUCAAGAAGCAGCUGGUAGAACGCGGCAAGAAAUUCGUUGGUCUCCAAGGGAUGAACUACCGAUUUCACAAAGGCCUGGCCUAUCAGAAGAAGAAGAAGGCUGUUGCGAAGGUUAACAUCAAUGGUAGGGUUAUGGUUGAUCCAGCAAUAUUCCGACGAGUGUGUCCAAAUUACCCCAUAUCAUACAUCAAGCGAAGAGAGGAUGACGACUCUCCCAAUUCUCAAGAUGACUCCGACGACGAGUGCUCCGAAUGCUGCCCUGCAGAUUCCGAGUCUGACACUCCAGGCGCCGAAGCUGCGGUCAACUUGAGCGACGAAAGCGGCUUUGGAGAACGGACGAAGGUCAAGGUUUUUGUGGACAAGAACGACCAGGUGCAUGUCAUCCAUGUCCCGGUCGAUGAGGAUGGCAAUGAAGUCAUCGCUGAAACUCUUGAGGCAGUAGAUCGCAACGAUGAAUCGGCAUGCACCUUUUCUGAGGAAGAGCUACUGAUCGCCUCCCCGGUGGUCUUGGGCUUCGCGUUCUCAGAGAAGCUGUGGCUCGAAUUCUCACUGUCGGGAAUCAAGGACAUCGAGUGGAACAACGAAGCCUUCAGCUCGCUCGUUCUGCAUAAACACAUCAAGCAGAAUCUCAAGGGGCUGGUCAGCAGCCACAAGUUCCAUGCCGCCAAGACGAUUGACGAUGUCAUUCAGGGCAAGGGCAAAGGCCUCAAUGUCGUGCUUCACGGGCCUCCGGGUGUGGGUAAGACGCUUACCGCGGAAAGUAUCGCCGAAUAUUUGAAGUGUCCGUUGUACGCCGUAUCAGCCGGUGAACUAGGCACAGAUUCACGCAUGCUCGAGGCAGAGCUCAACAAGAUCAUGGACAUUACCCAUUCUUGGGGCGCCAUCUUGCUGCUUGAUGAAGCAGACGUUUUCUUGGAGAAACGGGAAGUCCAUGACAUUCACAGAAAUGCGCUUGUCUCAAUAUUCCUGCGUCUUCUGGAGUACUAUCAGGGUAUCUUAUUCCUCACCACAAACAGGGUCGAGACGUUUGACGAGGCUUUCCAAUCACGCAUUCACAUGGCUAUUCGAUACGAAAACCUCACCCGCAACGCGAGGAAGGAGGUUUGGACCCACCAUGUCGGCAGUGUCAGGAAGAUGGAAGGCCAGGAGAGCGAGCCAUUUGAAAAGGAACACUUCGACGAAUUGAGCAAGAAGGUGCUAAAUGGGCGACAGAUUAAGAACGCCGUCAAGACUGCCCAGUCGAUUGCGCUUGCCGAGGAAGAUGCUUUCUCGAUGGAUCACAUCAAACGUGUUUUGGACGUUGCCGAAGACUUUGACGCCGAUUUGCGGGGAGGGAAUGGGUACAGGGAUGCUAUGAGGCAGUACACGUAAGCUGCCUGCUAAGAACGUAACUGCUCAUCCUGGUCACCGCAAUUGGGGAAUUCACGGGUUAGGAUAGUUGAGGUGUGGAGAGUUCAAAUUGGAUACCCAGAAUUUGUCUCAGCAUCUCAGUUGGAUGCGGCCUGCAUUUUAUGGAGCAUGGAUAUAGAUAUAUGGGUAACGUGACAUUGGUCGCUUUAAUGUAUCCGAGAUAAUCUUCUUAUUUCCCCUAUUCCAUUCCAUUGAUUAUUAAAAUCUCCCCUCUAUGUUUUUUUUUUUUUU